AUGCCUGGGUAUGCAAAAUUUAUGAAGAAUAUGGUGACGAAGAAAAGGAUCGUGAGCUUCGAGGAUGAUAAUAGAUUGCAACAUUAUAGCGUUAUUGCUACUAGGUCCCUUGUGCAGAAGAAGGAGGAUCAUGGUGCCUUUACUAUUCCAUGUACCAUCGGGUUGUUGCAUUUUGCUACGACAUUGUGUGAUCUUGGGGGUAGCAUUAAUCUGAUGCCAUUGUCGAUUUACAAAAAGCUAGGUCUGGGAGAUCCAAAGCUGACUGCGAUAUGGUUGCUCAUAGCCGACAGAACUAUGAAGAGGCCCAUUGGUGUGCUCCAUGAUGUACUAGUAAAAGUGGAGUCGUUCAUCUUUCUAACAAAUUUUGUGAUUCUUAAUUGUGAGGUCGAUUUUGAGGUUCCUAUCAUUUUUGGGAGACCAUUCUUUUCCACUGGGCGCGCCUUGAUUGAUAUGGAAAAGGGGAAGAUGAAGUUCAUACUGAACAAUGAAGAGAUUGAAAAGAGAUUGGGUGUUGAGGCACUAGCAUCGGUUAUGAUGAACUUUGAGAGUGAUGGUAUUGAAGAGUAUGAUGAGUUGUUCGUCGCACUUGAUAGGUGCGAAUAUAGUUCGAAACUUAAGAAGCUGGAGUUAGACAUGAAAAAUCGUGAGUUCCCACCCGCAAGACCAUCUGUUGAGGAGGCACCGAAAUUAGAGCUUAAGGCUCUACCAUCACAUUUGAGGUACGUAUUCUUGGGAAAAGAUGAGACGUUACCGGUCAUCAUUGCGGUAGAUUUGAAUGGGUGA